AUGAUAAAAAAAACAUUUUCAGGUAUUUCAUUAAGAGAUAAACAAAAAUUCACCUUUAAAGAGUAAAAUGGUUUACUCUGUUAUACAUUUACUUAAAUAGUUUUAAUUGGCAAAGGUGAAGCAAAGAUUUAUGGACUUUCUAAUAAUAAAAAAAUUUAGGUUGCUUCUUUGAAUGAAAAAUAAAAUUAAUGCAAAUGCAAAUUUAUAAUGGAUGAAAAUAAUUUUACUCAUUUAUUAUGUAUUGGAGAUGAAUCUAUAACAAUUAAUGUGUUGGGAUACAGAUUAGAAAAUUAAGUUUAGGAAUUAUAAGAAAAUAAUUAGCAUGAAAAUUUGAUUAUUAGAGAUCAAUCCAGAGUAUUAAAAUAGAAAGAAGUAGAUUCAAAUGAGUUUGAAUUACUUUCUAAGAAAGAAAAGAAAGAAUAUAAAAAAAUAUAAAAUCAAAAAUAAUUAUUACAAAAGUAUUGAAAUAUAGUAUGUGUUGUGAUAUAUUAAAAUUUAUUAGUUUAAAUAUUUUCUUUGAUAUGUUCAAAUCAAUCUAAAAAUGGAGAAUGAGAAAUUAGCUAAAGCUCUACUUUUUGCUUUUAUCUAUAUUCUCUACAUUAUUGAUUGGAAUUAUAUUAGUCGUAACUUAGAAUCUUGUAUACAAAGAAGUAGUUCUGACUACAUAGUAGAUAUCAACUAAGUUGACAGAUAAUGAAAUAUCAAACUAGUUUGAAACUCAAAUGCAUUUGUUUUUUGAAGUAAAUCAUAAAAGUACAAAAUCAUUAUAUUUAAGAUUACCGAGCUCUUGAUAAAAUUGCAUAAUUAUUUACAUUUGUAUAAUUAGAAUUGAGUUUAAUAACAUAAAAAAGUGAUUAAUGUCCAGUAAACUAAACCCAAAAUUAUAGAAAAUCGAAUAUCUGCUAUAAUAUUUUCAAUUUGAAGAGUGGAUAGGAAUUAAAUUAAAUACAAUAAAAAGACUUAUACUACCAUUUGAAACAUUAGAGUUUAUUACAAGAAUUACUAUUUCUUUUUGAUCCUGAACAAUUUAUUAUAGGUAAUUGGUCAAUUGGAUAUAGUAAACAAUCCUAUUUUUCAGCAUAUUAAGCUAUAGGCUAUUAUUCAAACUUUAAUAUUGCUACUAGACCAUUCUACACAAAUCAUAUUAAAAAAGCAAAUUCAUCAGAAUAUAUUUUUAGUGACGUCUUCUUUAAUUUUGAAAAUGAAUACAAAGUCACAAUCUCAAAAAACCUUACAAAUGAUAUAACUGAUGGUAUUGUGGCUACAUAAUUUGAAUUUAAAAUAAUUAAAAAGUUUUUUUAAGAAAACUUUCUGAUUCUAAAUAAAGAUGGAUUAAUAUUGAUUGGCAAUGUUUAAAUGUAUUUUUAACCUAAUAGAACUAAUGUUUUUUUUUUUAAUGAAAGUCUUACUGGUUUUAAUGAAAAUGAUUGGAAUUCUGUAAAGAAUUAUAUGGAUUACAACAUUUCAGAACCUAAUUGUACAACUUUAAAUUCUUUAUAUUUAUGUAGAUAUAAUAAAAUAUUAUUGAUGGAUGUAAUGAUAUUUGCCAAAUUUUUAAGGUUUUCUAAUCUAAUAUUGAUUAUGUAAAAUAUGUUUGUUAUUAAGAUUAAAGAAUAUAGAAAAGGAUAAAGAUUUAGAAUAAUAAUUGAUUUGGAUAGAAGAUUAAAAGAAUCUUUAAAUUACUCAAUUAUUAACAUAUUAAUUAAUUGCUGCUUUGGGUACAAGUCUUAUUGCCAUCUUAAUUGUUAGAUAUAUUUGUAGAUAUAUGACAUAUCUAGAAAGAUUAGCACAUUCACAUUUUUAAAAUAAACCUGUUGAUUUUUAAGUGUAUUCUUUCCUAAGAGAAAUAAAAAAACAUUCAUAAUCACAAUCCACUAAUAUCACUUUAAAUCUAUCUGAUUCCUAUUAUAAAUUAAUUUCAUAGUUAACAGCAAGACCUUUUAUAAAGAAUGAUGAAUGUAAGAAUUUUGAAUCUUUUCAAUUUCCAUGCUCUAAAAAAUAACGUAAUCUACCAAAAUGGAAAUCUUCUAUUUUGGAAUUAUAUGAUAAAUAAGGGAUAUCUAAAUAAAAAUGCAAGGCUCUAAUAUUGAAUCUGUUAAGAUUAUCAUAUCAAAGACACAAAUAUUGA